AUGGCUGUUGGCACUGACAUCCCCAUCAUCGACUUCACCCAGGCCUCGUCGUCGCCAGACCAGGUGGCCAGGGAGCUGCUCAGAGCGUGCACAGACUGGGGUGAGCGUCCUGACAUGAACAAGGGUGCCAUGUGGCCCGGUGCUGAUCUUCUGUCCCUAUCACAUCCAGGCUUCUUCUUUGUCAAAAACCAUCCGAUCCCCCAGGACGCCAUUGACGGCAUCUUUGACCUGGAGAGACGGUUCUUCGCUCAGCCGCUCUCGGCCAAGCUCGAAGCACCCUACAUUGCCUCCAAGAACGCCGGCUACAAACCCGCCAGCUCGUAUGGCGCGGAUGCCAGAUUCACCGAUCCUCGUGAGGCCAUCAGCAUCAACAAAUGGCCCACGGUCGAGCACGCCACGGCAGCGGCCCUUCCGCCCAUCCUCAACGACGCACGCCAACAGAUCUUCUCCUUCCAACAGCGUGUCCGUGUCUUCACCAAGCAGCUCCUCGAACUCAUGGCGUUGGCGCUCGAUCUCCCGCAGACGACGUUCGCUCGGUACCAUGGCCCGGACAAGGAGAACUUCGACAAUUUCGAGUUGAUGCACUAUCCCCCCGUCACGGCCGGCUCGGAUACUUCCCAACGUGUUCCGGCAUUCCGCAUCUCGCCGCACACGGACUGGGGUACGUUGACUCUUCUCUUCCAAACCACCGUGGGCGGCCUCGAAGUGCGUCCGCCCAAAUACACCUCCCCAGAUCUGUCUCUGGACACGGAAACCUGGACACCAGCACCCGCUCUGCCCGACCUGAUCCUGGUGAACAUCGGGGACAUGCUCGAGUUCUGGACGGCAGGCAAGUUGAAGAGCACCUGGCACCGUGUCGUCCCCACGGCGACGGAAGGCGGGCUUGAUCGGUACACCUUUGCCUACUUUUUACAUCCGGACAAGGAUGCCGUUCUUGUGCCCAUGCAGGGUAUGGAGAAACAGGGGUGGGUGCCGCGAUAUGCCGGAGCCGGGAGGACCGCGGAGGAGCAUAUCCAUGCCCGGAUCGAGGGCGUCCACGGCAAAAGUAAACUGAAGACUGAAGACAAGGGCAAGGGAGUCCUUCAGUCCGGUGCGGGUGAAAUCGAUGCUCGUGCAUGA